UAAGCGCAAAACUAGGCUUAUUUUCAUUUCUUUAUUUUUUUUCCCAGCCACCUAUGCAUUCUCUUCAUCCUUGCUGCAUUUUUGAUUGGAUUGCGGUUGGAGAUGUUUGGCUAUCUGAAAGGCUUACGCACUAGCCACACUCGCAGCCAGCUGUCAGGCGUUGCCGGCGAGAUCUAUCGGGCCUUUUUCGCAGAACUGAUCACCACAGAUGGACCAAAUACAGUACAGAGUACAUAUCCCGCUGCCGCGACACUGCUCCAUGGCUUCGAUGUACAAUCUAGUAACCAGAGUGUAGCCAUAGCGCCCUCGGACGAUGAUGUGUGGAUCUUUGGCUAUGGGUCGCUGGUGUGGAAGGCAGACUUUCCGUACAUCGACCGUCGGCGCGGCUUUGUGUGGGGAUUCAAGCGGCGCUUCUACCAGCACAGCAUCGACCAUCGCGGCGUGCCGGAAAAACCUGGCCGGGUGGUGACCCUGCUGCCCGGCGACCCCGCCGAGGAUCGGGUCUACGGCGUGGCCUACCGCAUUGCUGCCGCCCAGAAGAGUGCGGUGCUCGACCAUCUGGACUACCGCGAGAAGAACGGCUACGAGCGCUGCAGUCUGGAGUUUCACGAGUACCUGUCCGCCACGGAGCCCCUCCAGGUGAUAAUGUACGUGGCCACGCAAGCCAAUGACUCCUAUGCCGGUGACGUGUGGCAGGUGCCGUGCAUAGCCAGGCAGAUCUUCACCUCUGCCGGACCCAGCGGCCCCAAUCGAGAUUAUCUCUUUAACUUGGCGCUGGCCAUGGACAAACUGUUUCCCGGUGCCGUUGACGAGCAUCUCACGGAGCUGGUGGCCUGUGUGAGGCGCCACAUCGAGCAGGACGAGCCCGUGCUGCUGCAGCGAGCCCUGCUCGAGGAGAUCACGAACAUCCUCUGCCAGGCGGUCGCGGAGGACGCUUCCCUGGAUCAUGGGGAGAUUUCGCGGCGGCUGGAGGCUCUGCAUUGCAGCUGCCAGAAAUCUGGCUGGCGGGAGCCACUUCUUGACAUACAGCUGAAGCGGCAGAGCUUUAGUCCAUCUUCCUGACGCCCCGCAGACCACUUCUAUCCCAUCAACUAGAGAAUUUUUAUUUAUUAUCGUUAGAUGUGUUGUUGUGUCCAUUCCAAAUGUUUCCGUGAAUACAUGUCGCCAUCUAGGGCGGAAGAUUUGUGUAAAUCUGCGCUGAUAUGGCGCAACGGAUUA